AAGGCCUUUAAUUGCGCCAGACGCAGAGAAGAGUGUGUGUGCGUGUGUGAAAGGGGGUGGGGGUCUUGAGCUGGUAUAAAUACUUGGCUCUCCAAAACACACUCACAACAGCAGGAGUGAUCUCACCUCCACUCCUUUCACUCCCACUCUCUCAUUGCACUCACCGCGAAGCAGUACGGAGCUCUCACACGGCGUGGAUUUGUAUUUUUUAUUUAUUUGCUCUUUUCUUUUUCUUUUUUUUUUCAACCCCCGGGAGGAGCAGAAGGAUCGGGGCCGGGGCGGGGGGGGCGGCUUUUUUUUUUUUAGAAGGAAGGGAGAGUCAUGGAAGAACUGACGGCGUUCGUGUCCAAGUCUUUCGAAGCGAAAAGCAAAGAGAGCAGCAAGGAGGCCAUCACGUACCGGGAGGUUCUGGAGACGUCCGGGUUGGCCCGGCCGCGGGAGUUGGGCAGCCCCGCCGAGCACGACUUCAGCGAGGGCGCCCACUGCCCGCUGCACGCCUACAAGGAGCAUGUGGAGCUGGACAAGGACAAGCUCAAGGACUUCCACGUCACGCGGCCCGCCGAAGGCAUCUACGAGUGCAGCAAGGACAAGAAGGAGGAGGUGAAGUCGGAGGACGAGGACGCGCAGGGCAAGCUGAAGCAGCGCAGGAGUCGUACCAACUUCACGCUGGAGCAACUCAACGAGCUGGAGCGUCUCUUUGACGAGACGCACUACCCGGACGCCUUCAUGCGCGAGGAGCUCAGCCAGCGCCUCGGGCUCUCCGAGGCCCGCGUGCAGGUUUGGUUUCAAAACAGAAGAGCAAAAUGUCGAAAACAAGAAAACCAGAUGCACAAAGACAUCUUUCCCUUUUCUCCAGGGGUCAUAUUGGGGAGCGGCAGUCACCUGGAUGCUUGCAGGGUGGCACCCUACGUCAACAUGGGGGCCCUUCGGAUGCCCUUCCAGCAGGUUCAAGCGCAACUCCAGCUUGACGGCGUUGCCCACUCCCAUCCCCACCUGCACCCGCACCUGGCCGCCCACGCCCCCUAUUUGAUGUUCCCGCCCCCUCCCUUUGGACUACCAAUCGCCUCGCUGGCCGACUCGGCCUCGGCGGCGGCGGCGGUGGCGGCGGCCGCCAAAAGCAACAGCAAGAACUCCAGCAUCGCCGACCUGCGACUCAAGGCAGGACUUCUGCGGGGCCAGUGGCUCAGUCCACUCCAGGCACAGAUCACAUCCCAGGGACCGUACAAACACAUGUGGAUGUCUGUCUGAGAGCCCGGCACACACUGAGGACUUUAGUGUCAAUUACAGUGGCAGGCGACGGGCAAUGUUGAGGACGGUUGAGUGGGUGGGUGUAGGAGGGGGCGGCGGGGAGAGGGGGGGGGCAAACCUGGGGGCACAUCUCCACACCCCAUCCGUCCUGACCUCUUCUCUGCCGUUAACAAAUUUAUUUGCAACCACUGUGUCCGUGCAUGGAGGCCUUCCUGCAAAGCUCGCCAUUACUUUAACGUACAACCCUGCCCCCAAAAGCCCUCGAACACCCGCUUCUCUUCUUCUUAUGGACUUGUGAAAUAACAAAAGCAACAACUUCAACCUUUUUUCCAUUUUGUUUUGUUUAUUUUUCCGGACUUUCUCCCGCUUCCUUCUCGGGCUUUUGUUUCUUUCUAUCCCGGGUAAAGAAGUGAAGAUCGCCUUUGCACUUCAGGUCUCGUAUGUUGUGGGUGUUUACAAAUGGCACUACAAGCAAGAUGCUACUUUAUUAAAUUAAAGUGGGGGUGGGGUCGGGUGGGGGGGAUAUGAAUCAGAUGUGAUCCACAAAAAAAAAAAAAGAUGAAGGGUAUAAUCGCGUCUUACAGUGCCUAACAAAUGUAUUCGACCACCACCCAGACCAAGGUUAUAGCAUAGCUGCCCUAAUGUUGUUUAAAGCACUGUGAGGAAGAUCUUUAGCCAAAAGGAUAUUUUUAACACUAAGAUAUCAUUGUUGAGGAAAAAAGGUAAAACACAUGAUGAUAUAUUGAUGGAGAAAAAAAAAACGGAACAUUUUAACGUUUGAAUUUAGGUACGAUUCAUUUAGCCAAGUCUUCCCCCUCAAAUUUAUUGAUAAAAUGUAAAUUCUGCUCAGAAAUUCAUCUUCAAACAUCGAGAAAUCUCAUCGUGAUGCAGGAUUUGGGUUCCUUUUGGCAGUCAAAUACAUUUGUUAAGCACUACGUUUCUAUUUUCAAUUUUUUUUUUUGUAAUUCUGAAAAAUAUGAAGGCAUCAGUAAAACUGAAAUGCAAUGGUGUGCAGUUUAAGUGCAAUACUGUAAAUAGCGAAAAAAUGUUAAACAGCAAGCAGUUAGUCGAUAACGAGAGGCGAUGAUGUUACGUUGGGGUUUUUUUUCAUGCACUGUUGGGAGUUUCGACUUGCCGUCCGUUUUUUUUUCGAGGCGGCAUGUACAUUUUGUCGCAUUGGAGAACGACAGGGUGCCAUAUUUCGCGUAAACUCCAGCGUGUUCAGCUGAAAUGACAUUCAUUAAGACUUACGAAACUCAGCCGUGACAUCUGAACCAAGUGGUUGUUUACAAAACGAUUAGCUUUACUUUGCAUGUUGUGUGUGUGACAUUCAUCGUUAAUUUGCCAAAAUAUUUUGGACUCUUGUUUUCCAAACUACUGUCAGAGCUUCGUUCCUCGCAAGGGCUACGUGCCCCGCCCACUUACUUUCUGUUCAACGCUAAUUACAGUUGUUCAUGUCUCAAUCGUAAAUUAACAUUUGCGUGUUUUAUUUAUUAUUCCUGUCCGAAAGACUAUGAAAAAUGAAAGAGUUGAACUACGACUGACUAUUUUACCUUGCUUUUGUUUUGCAUUAACUUUUUUUUAAUUAUUGUUUUUUUUUUUUUAAAUGAAUCAGGGGUGUGGCUGUGGUGCAUUGUCCUGAGAGGAAGAUUAAAAAAAAACAAAAUAAAAAACAACCCCCCUGCCCUCCAAAAAAAAAACAACUUCAUGUAGCGUGUCCAAGUUUACAAACUUCAGGGAUGGUUGAAUUUUAAAAACGGAAUUUGUUGUGACAAUGCUUAGUAUUUCAUUUGCUAGCAUGCUUAAACAUGAACCAUGUUUGUUUGUUUGUUUUGCCCCAUUCCCUUUUUGACUCACAAAAUAUGAAUGUACAUCUUGUACAAGUAAACUAUCAAUAAAGUUAUAAAUAUUUGUACCCCAGUGUUACAAUACUUGA